CAAUGACAAGCGUGUUUUAAAUUGCACCUAUUUUGCCGGACAAGUGGCGUGCUUGUAUGAAAAGACACAAUAUAAACCGCAGUUUGCCACAAUCGCGCUUAUUACCGCAGUUCCCGGACUCGUUUAGUCGAAGGAACUUGCUGGCGGUGCUGCUACGAUCGGUUGUGAUUGACUCUGAGGCUUGUUUAAGGUCAACUAACAGCGAGAAAAUAACUCUCCUCACUCCGAUUAAUCAAACGGUGAGAUUAAUAGCAAUAUCGAUCGAAAUUAAGUGAAGACGAUAACUUGUUCAUGCGAAGCAGUUUGUAGUUUAAGCAACGCUUUCGCCGGGUGCUUCGUGUUUGUGACUCUUUUCACUUUGCAUGAGCUCCCAAUAAGUUGGUUUGUUUACUUUUUCUAGAUUUGAUUCCAGUCAAACUUCGACAGGAUCGACUUCACUGCAAGAUUGAAAGGUAAAUGAGCACUUUGCUAAAGUAGCUACAAAGUCAUGGGCAACCAUUUGAAAAAUCUUAAGCUUUGCCUGUGUGUACGCUCUAAAGUGGUUUCCUGUUUCAAUUCCAUAUUCUGGAAGUCCACGAAAAUAUAUCAAUCAGUGUUUUAUAAGCCGACAAUCAAACAGCAAAUACACGUUACAUUCAAUUCAAGCCACAAGUGGACAACACAAAUUUGUAGUCUUAUGAGUUACUAUAAGCAAAUAAAACACAGGAUUUAUCUCGAGAGGUUCUCUUGUCAAUAAAGUCAAAACUUCAGUUUUACGACAAAAAAGAGGGGAAAUCUCAGACAGAUCUAGAAGAUAGUCUUCAGGAAAAAAAUAUAGAGGAAACCUUUAUUCAGUGGCAACAAGAAUUACUGUUCCAAUUUAAUGUAGCUAUUCAAGUGCUUUCAAAACACACCUCUAAUAUAACUAAAACGAGAUCGCAAGGUUUAGACGAAUAUUUCAGCCUUUUAAAGGCUGUUAUCAAAAGAUUUUAAAUACGACAAACCUCUUGGCACGUGCUGACGGGAUAAUAUUGCAAAUGGCAGAAUGUCUUAUAAAUCAGUGAGCGCGUUGGCGUUCAUAGGCUAUUCACUAUUUCUUUUGAAGGGAUUCGAAUAUAAUGUCAAGGGUAAACAACAAUGUAAGAGCAAGUUUAAGAAAUAAUGAGAUAACUCGUGUUUAUAUGAUUACGACUUCGAUUAAGCCAAUUUUUGCAUCUUUGUCUUUUAGAUGAAUGUUCUGAAGAGCAACCAGUGGCAUUUCGUUAUGCUCCUUAUUUUUACUGGUCUUCUUUCAAUUGGUUCCUCUCCGAUUCCGUCGUUACAAGAUCACCUUAACAGCAGAUCCAGCGCUCUACCUGCAGAAGACAAAGGACGGCUUUCACAGCAUAAUCAACUUGAUACACUACGCACUCUACAACCACCUUCAGCCAUAGGUAACCUGGCACAGGCAAAUAAAGACCAAGGUGACUUCACGCAAGGCAACAGAGACUCAUCUAAGACCACAGCGGCCAAGCAGUCGUUUAUGCAAUUAGGUGCUUCGGCCGAAGUUGGGAAAAGUUUAACAUCCUUACCUAACCAGCAAAACAGCAACAGAUUAUCAUCACCAAGCGCCGCUAAGCGAUCUUGGGAACUCCUGCCUUUGAAACCAAAUCAGCAAAUAGACACACAGUCCCAAAGAGGAAACAUCUCACCUCCCCCGGUAGUCCCAUCCCCUGAUAGUAAACACGCCACAAACUCGGUUUUGUCGUCCAAAACACAACAAGUUCAGCAAAGUAAGUUGCCUCUAAGGCAAGGCACGAAUGUCAUCAACUUUGGCAGGAUAGAACUUAAAACGGAUUGGUGCACACCUAAUCAUUUCAAGGAAACGAUCAAACACCAUGGUUGCAAAUCUGUAAGCGUGGAUAACAACAUGUGCUAUGGACAAUGUAACUCUUUUUACAUCCCCAAACGCUUCGUUUCUUGCUCAUAUUGUACGGCGUCGAAAGUGGAGACGAUGAGCGUAAGGCUAGAGUGCCCAGGACAAACUCCCGAUUUCGUAGUAAAGAAGGUGGCGAUUGUCAAAGAAUGUAGCUGUAAGGACUGUGAACUGGUACACCCCUAGAAAAGCCAUCGUGAUGAAACACAUUCAAAAAAUCAAGCCAAGGAUUCAACAAGGACAUAGUGCGAUGGACACAAAAUUUCAGUCGCUCUUGAAUAUCGUAAAUGCAGUAUAAAGCAGUAACGAGAACAGUUGUCAUGUACGUGAAAAUCACUUCAUGCCGGCGUGGAGCUAAUCAACGGCAUAGACAGUGAACCGAAAACUGGGGAGGACAAGAAACUUAAUGAUCGGAGAGAUAAUCGUCAAAUAUUUUAACCUUGUAAAAUAGAUUAUACCGUCGAGUUGUUAACAAGAUGUUUUUGAGAAUUAAUAACGUAUAUUUACUAGAGGCAAUAGCUUCCAUAUUUAAGCAGAAUUUGAAAUCAUUUAGAAAAUGUCGAAUUGCAUGUAUAGGAAUAACGUACGCAGUUGUGAAAAAUUACUCUCAUUUGUUUUAAGAAAUAAUAUUUUUCUGGACAGACUUUGUAUAUUAAAUAGAAAAGAAAGGCAUUGUUCAGUAUUAAAACGCACG